GCAUCGAUUUUGCCAUUGUCCACAAGUGACAAAAAACAUUUUGACCAGAAGCUGCUGCAGCAAGCAAGUUAAAAACAGCUUAGCUUGAGUUCUAUACAGGCUAUGACUACAGUCCCGGAAACCGAAGGGAAAACCCUCCCAGAUGCCUGGGACUACCAGGGCCAGCCCGCCGACCGGUCCACCACCGGCGGCUGGACUUCUGCCUCCAUGAUUCUGGGUGGAGAAGCAUGUGAGAGGUUAACGACGCUGGGAAUUGCGGUGAACUUGGUGACUUAUCUGACCGGUACCAUGCACCUGGGCAAUGCUACCUCUGCAAAUACUGUCACCAACUUUCUCGGUACUUCUUUUAUGCUCUGCUUGCUCGGCGGCUUUGUCGCCGACACGUUUCUUGGAAGGUACCUUACCAUUGCCAUCUUUGCCACGGUUCAAGCAACUGGUGUAACAAUAUUGACAAUCUCCACCGUAGUCCCUAGCCUUCGACCACCCAAAUGCACCGCCGGAUCCGACACACAUUGCAGUCCUGCAAGCGGCAAGCAGCUAAUGGUUCUUUACAUGGCACUAUACCUCACCGCCCUUGGCACCGGUGGCCUUAAAUCGAGCGUUUCCGGCUUUGGUUCCGACCAGUUUGAUGACUCGAACAAGGUAGAAAGAAAACAAAUGACAAACUUCUUCAACUGGUUCUUCUUCUUCAUAAGCAUAGGCUCACUCGCCGCUGUCACCAUUCUGGUAUACAUCGAAGACAACUUGGGAAGACAAUGGGGGUACGGAAUCUGUGCCUGUGCAAUUGUGAUAGGCCUGGUUGUGUUCUUGUCGGGAACGAGACGGUACCGUUUCAAGAAACUGGUGGGGAGCCCUUUGACACAGAUUGCGGCGGUAUUUGUGGCGGCGUGGAAGAAGAGGAAAAUGGAACUGCCGUCGGACUUGUCGUUGCUGUAUAAUAUUGAUGACAUUGAUGAUGGACAGAAGAAGAAGCAGAAGCAGAAAUUGCCCCAUUCAAAACAGUUCCGUUUCUUGGAUAAGGCAGCAAUCAAGAGACCGGAAAGUACCAGCAGCACUACAAUGAUCAUAAACAAGUGGAGUUUAUCAACCCUAACUGAUAUUGAAGAAGUCAAAAUGAUUAUCAGAAUGCUACCAAUUUGGGCCACCACCAUAUUGUUUUGGACAGUCUAUGCUCAAAUGACCACAUUCUCAGUGUCACAAGCAACCUCCAUGGACCGUAAAAUUGGUAGUUCAUUUCAGAUCCCACCUGCCUCCCUCACUGUUUUCUUUGUAGGCAGCAUUCUCUUGACUGUCCCAGUUUAUGAUAGAAUCAUAGUCCCAGUGGCAAGAAAGCUACUCAAAAAUCCCCAAGGACUAACCCCAUUGCAGAGAAUUGGGGUUGGUCUAGUGCUCUCAAUCUUUGCCAUGGUGGCAGCGGCACUCACGGAGCUAAAGCGCUUGAGAGCCGCACGAUCUCAUGGGCUGACGGAUGAUCCGACAGCCGAGAUCCCGUUAAGCGUCUUCUGGCUGGUCCCACAAUUUUUCUUUGUAGGAUCAGGAGAGGCCUUCACUUACAUUGGUCAACUUGACUUUUUUCUCAGGGAGUGCCCAAAGGGGAUGAAGACUAUGAGCACAGGACUGUUUUUGAGCACCCUUUCACUAGGGUUCUUCUUCAGCUCGCUUUUGGUGACCAUAGUGCAUAAGGUGACUGGGGAUAGGAAGCCAUGGCUUGCAGAUAAUCUUAAUCAGGGAAAACUUUAUGAUUUUUACUGGCUUUUGGCAAUUUUGAGUGCUUUGAAUAUGCUGAUUUAUUUGGUUUGUGCCAAAUGGUAUGUGUACAAGGACAAGAGGCUUGCUGAGGAGGGUAUGGAAUUGGAGGAAGUAGAGAUUUGUGCCCAUUAAUGUAUUAGUUUUCCAGUUGCUUGGGUAUCUGGUUUUUUUUUUUUUUUAAUUUUAAUUUUUUUUUCUUUUCACAUAAGCCUGUAACCUUUUAUGUACAAAAGAAAGAAAUGAAGAAUCAUUAGCUUGAUCAUUUUU